AUGCCGCUCUACCGCCCCGACAACUCGGACGCCCCCGUCCUCUCGCAGUUCUCCCUCGCCGGCAAGGUCGCCGCCGUCACGGGCGGCGCCCGCGGCAUCGGUCUCGAGAUUGUGCGCGGCCUCGCCGAGGCGGGCGCCGCGGUGGCCAUCAUCUACAGCACCAGCGCCAGCGCGCACGACACGGCGCGGGACAUUGCCGCCGCCACCGGCGUCCGCGUCGCCGCCUACCAGGGCGACGUGCGCUCGCGCGCCGCCAUUGCGGACACCGUCGACAGCAUCGUCGCCGACUUUGGCCGCCUCGACAUCAUGGUCGCCAACUCGGGCGUCUGCGCCGACAUCCCCAGCCUCGAGUACACCGAGGAGACGUGGCAGCAAAACAGCAGCGUCAACUACGACGGCGUCAUGUGGACGGCGCAGGCCGCGGGCCGCGUCUUCAAGAGGCAGGGGCGUGGAAACUUCAUCAUCACAGCGUCGGUCAGCGCGACGCUCGUCAACAUCCCCCAGCAGCAGGCCGCGUACAAUGCCUCCAAGGCGGCGGUCGUGCAGCUCGCCAAGGUGCUUGCGGUGGAAUGGGUCGACUUUGCGCGCGUCAACUGUGUGUCGCCUGGCUUUAUCGAGACCGAUAUGUUGUAUAACCAGCCCAAGGAGCGUAUGGAGCAGUGGACCUCUUUGAUUCCCGGGCGGCGCAUGGCAGCCACCUCGGAGCUCAAGGGAAUUUACGUGUUCCUUGCGAGUGAUGCGUGCUGCUAUAUGACGGGUGCUAAUCUGAUUGUGGAUGGUGGAUACACAUUGCUAUAA